ACUCUAGAGGCUAGUAUUAGGAAAUUACGAGGAGCACGUUAAUGCAUCACAACUGGAUAACGUUAGACUACUUGCGUGAUUUAAGACGUGAUCUCAUUCUUAGACGGUCACCAAGUGAAAGAGAAAGUGGCUUCGAGGAUCUCGGAUUUUGUCAACCAUAUUUGAGUUUUAUUUAGUCCUAAGAGUUGUUCUGGUUUGUACGACGGAGAAACCAUGAAGUGGUUCAUCGUUUUAAUCGUCCUUUUAACGUGUACAGGAAAGCCUGUGAGUUCCUCGUGUGAUAUCGAAGUGAGCCCUCCCAAAGUUGUGGUGAGAUUUGGAGAACCCUUCUCGCUCAACUGCAGCUCAACAUCCAACCAGAUCGACUCAAUGGGCUGGGAAGCCAUUUACGGUACCGGGACAGGACUACGCGAAGGGGUAUCUUCUGUUGCCUUAAAAAUAGACUCAGUGAAGGACUGGGACAUAGCACCUCAGUGCUUCGUCAAUCUCAGAAAUGAUCAACAGUGUUCACAAGUCAGACAAUUCACAGUUUACAAAAUGCCGGACGGUGCCUUCAUCUCUCAGCCAAAUCCAAUGGGCCCCAUGGUAGAGGGUGAAACGUAUCGCAUGCAUUGUGACAUUGUAAAUGUUGCACCAAUAAGAAACCUCUCUGUUGCCUGGCACAUAGGAAAUAGUAUAAUCCAUAAUGACUCCUUUAACAAUCCCACAAAAUUUCCAGUCAAUACUUUAUCUGUCUUAAAUCUGACUGCCCAAAGAGGCUAUAACGGAGCUCAGGUCUGGUGUGAAGCAAAGCUGUUAUUUUCGCCACCAAUUAAAAGCCUUCCCGUGAUCCAGUCAAAGCUUCACAAACUGAUUGUACUGUACUCGCCAGUCUUCGCCAAGCCCGAAAAUGAGACCCUUGAACUCACAGCUCAGAGUAAAAUCAUUUUGAAUUGCACUGCUACAGGAAACCCAAUGCCGGUAUAUAGCUGGGGUUUCGCACACCCAAUGCAACUGACAGAGAAGAAUCCAAAUGACAGUCAACCCAUUUUAACCCCAUCCAUCCAGCUUCCAGGGACCUACAACUGCACAGUGUCCAAUACCCAGGGCUCCAGCACCAAAUAUUUCACAGUCAAUGAACCUCCAAGUAACCACACUACCUUUGCAGCCGUGGUUGGAGGAUUUGUGUUCCUGGGAGCCGGGAUCUUCAUUUGCGGUCUCCUUUUUGUGAGACCUGAUGGCUCGUUUUCUUUCAGCAAAGCAGGCUAUCUCUAAGGACAGCCUGCCUCAUCAGUACCUGUAUGAGGCCAACUUUUUUUUUAAUGGGUUUACCUUGUAAGUGUAACAUUAUUGAGGUUUUUUGGUGCUUGGAUUAACAUAGUGCCCUGUCUCUUAAAGGCCUAGAGGUAUAAUCAGUUUGCUCGGCUAUUUUGUAGCGUCAUUAUCAUGCUUGGGUGCUGUAGCGUUGACAUUGCAUUGCUUCAGCUGUCUGUAAAGCUCAACUAAUCAAUAUUGCUAUACUAACAAAUGGUACAUUUACAUGCACUCACAAAAUCAGGUUACUUGGAGAAACCAGGAUAUCUUUGGUACACAUCUCACCUUUCAUCUUUCCACUGCUGCCAGUGACAGACUUUCCCUCUCUGAAGUGUCCUGCACCAAAGCUGACUCUAACCCAGGUUACUUACUAGAUGCAUGCAACCGCACUUCCUAAUCAAAUUACUGUUGAAACCAGGAGUAUUAACACCCAACUCUGCAGCUCUACAGAGCUUUUUAACUUCUUUAAGCUGUUUGUUUUGCCUUGUGGCUUGAACACUUGCUGUAUGUGUCAGUAUGAGUUACUCUAAGCCACCUUUUAUCAGCAGAAAGGUUUUUGUAGCAUCACUUCUGGUAAACCAAAUGCGUGCUACUUGUCCAACAUCAAAGCAAUAAUAUGUGGAAGGGAUGUGAGCAUGGAAGAGACACACAUUUUUCUAAGAAAUUAGUAUACACUUUAAGGUGGGGACUUGUAUAGAGCUUAUGGAACAAUAUUAGAAACAGUAGAUGUAUUACAUUUAGAAGGCCAAAGUCAAUGUGCCAAAUUGUGGUAGAGUUCCUCUGCCUCCAAGUGGUUGCUUUGCAUUUGGCAGUCUGUAGCUGCAGCCCUCUUCUCUUAUAACUUAAACAAACUAAUGAUACGAGUUGCACUAGUGGAUACUGCUGAAUGGUACUGACUCAACAACCAUUGUUGCCUUAUUACUUGCAUUAUGGCUUGAUUUCUAUCCUUUAUUCAACCAACCAAACAAGACCAAACUUUUUAAAGUUUAUCUGUUCUACAUGAUGUUUUUAUCCACACAGGUAAAGAGUCACUUCAUACUUUCCAAACAGUACAAUAUGGUUACUGUUAUUACUUUAGUGCCUUUUUUUUUUGUAUGUAUAAAUUGUGCCAAUUAAUGUUCUGUAAAAUAUGUUUUGCCAAAUAUUUCUUUAAAAUAUGCGCUGGUACAGCUCUGGAAUGUUGGAUUAUUUUUGCACUGAAAAGACUGACAAUGCAAUUUCUGUGACGUGCCUACAAUUUCAUAUGAUAAAGACAAGGGAUCAGAUGCUUUUUUUUAAAUAAAUGACGUGACUGUGAGCCACUAAAUCCUGUUUGAAAAAAACCCAAAAGUCUGUUCUUCCUUAUUAGCCUCUGGUAUCAAAGACAAAAUGUGUAAAAUAAGGGACAUUUUGAAUGAUAGAAGGUGUUUGAAAUGGAAAAUAACUGAUUAUUUGAUCCAAAAUGUUAAUUUCCCCAAAUCCUAAGGCUGAAUGAGGCAUAGAUGGAAAUCCCCUGGAUGGCUCACUCUCUCUUUGGCUUACAUUAUGCAGUGCUGAGGCUGCCAUACUAAUCAGUAUUGCACAAAGUCAAUGUAAAGGAGAGCAUUUGUUAUCCUGCCUAUGGUUGCCAAUAUAAACGUUUUAUUUAUUUUUUAUUUUUUUAAGUAUGCUCCUUAUGUUCAGUCCUUGUCUUUUUCACUAAAGGUUUAGCAAGAAACCACUGUUUGUUAAUGCUCUGACUGUGUUGCUAUAACAACCUGGCAGAGUGGAUAUUGCUGAAUUUGUCAAGGAGUUAAAAAAAAAAGUUUAUUAUAGAAACACAAGCUGAACAUAAUUCUCUAGGGAACUUGAAGAGAGAGCAGCAUAUUGAAAGUGAAGCAUGAACUUUAAUCUGUACAUUGAGAGUCCCAGCUGUGCUCUCCAUGAACACACCAAAGAGCAUCCGAUUACUUACUCACUUGUACUGCGGUUGCGUCAGAGCGGAUCUGCUGUGUUGCAUUCUGGUCACAGUGUGAGGCUUACAAGCUACAUGCUGUACCAAUACUCCUGCCUGCUGGGAUUUCACAAAGCAUAGAGUUCAGAAGCAAGAGGAUACAAGAAUGCAAGCAGAACUGAAAACAGGCUGUUGUUCACAGACAGUCAUGAUGGCCGAAAUUACAGAUCAAAUCGCUGGUUGGAAAGUGGUCACACCUAAGGCUGGAAUGUAGAAAGUAUCAAAACGAAACAUCAACCCUUGACUAAAUGAAAUAAAGUUCAGAUUCAUGUGGA